UUAAUUUCUGUGUUUCACAAACAUGUCCAAAUCUGCAGUAUAAUAAUAGGCGUAUUUUAGGUUAUACCUACAUUUUUAUUUUCUAUUAUAGUAUAUGUAUUAGGUCUACUUGUACACAUUUAUUUCACCUACACAUUUUUACUAACUAACUAGCCACGUUGUAGUUUUUUUUAAUAGUAUUCAAUAUGAUGUUUUUGGUACUUUUUUUAAUAUUUGUAACUUCGUUGGAUUCGAUAGAGUCUCGUUAUGCACUUGUCAUCAAAGAAGCCUUCACUUGUAUGCAAAAUGCAAAGAUUAACAUUGUUAUGUAUAAAAACUCCUCGAGUUUGGCAAAAAAUAAUAUUGGGUAUGUCGAAUUACUAGAAGCAAUUGAACCAAAUAAUAACUUUCAGGUGAAAAUUGAAGCCCACCACAGAGGCAUAAGUGAUUCGGCCAAAAUCCCUUCAUUAAAUGUCCAGAGAACAGAUCUUUGUAAUUUUAUAUCCAUAGAUUUGUUAUUUGCACCAUUAGUUAGAAGGAUUUUUGAUUUAGAAAAAUUCUGUCCUAUUGCCAAAGGUAAACACAUAGUUUAUAAAGAUAAACUUGUUUCAAAGUAUCGACCUUACAUUCCACUGGGCUGCUGGAUGUUAAUAAGUAGAAUCACCAGAAAAGAAUCAAUGUUCACAUGUCUUAACCUUACUCUUCAAUCAUUGCCAUCAAUGAAAUCAGAGCCAUAUCAGUGUACAUAGUUGUUUUUUAAUAUGUACUUGGUAUAUCUCAUUUUUAAUUGUUUUACAUAAUAUAUCACUAAUAUCAUAUGUAAUACAUAUUGUAAAAUGUGAAACAUUACCUAUGUAAUACACUACUAUACACCAAAAGAAAUAUUGUAUUAAAAUUACAAUAUGUAUAUAUAUUAACACAUAUAAUUACCUAAAUAUUUAAAUAAUAG